AUGAAAUACCUCGUCCAAUGCCAUAUUCAUAUGUAUGAAGAUCGUGAACUUUUUGCUAAAAUUCUUGCAAUGCAAAAUAAAUCAAGAAAAGAAGAAGGAUGUAUUAGCUAUCUUGUCUGUCAAGAACCAACAAAUACUUCUCAUUAUUUAGUCCUUCAAAGAUGGGAAAAUAAAGAUUAUUUUGAAAAACAUUUAAAUUCAAGCCAUUAUAAGAAAUUUGUUGAAUAUAUUCAUUCAGUUACAAAUAAACCAAUUUCUUAUGAUUAUUUUGAUAUUAAUUAA